GCGCAGCAGCGGCCCCGCCUUCCAUCCGGCGCUUGACUUCAAAUAGUAUAAACUACAACUCCCAGAUAUGCUUGCGCGGAAAAUCCGCUUUCAGUUGCCAGGAUAACUGUCCCUCGGCAUGCUGGGAAUUGUAGUCGAUACUUCUCUGUCCGUCUCCUGUUAAGUAAAAUGAUAGCGUCGGCGGGUUGCUAGGAGACAAGGACUCCCGGGAGGGACAUGCAUGCAGCAACGGGAGCCGGGAUAGGAACAGCCGGGCAAUGAGCCCUCACCGACAUGGCUGCCGCCUGGCGCUACAGAAUGGACGCUGGAGAUUUCUUUGUGAGCAACUGCUUCCCUGCAAGAACCCUUCUCCGUUCUACUGACAGAGGUGGCCGCUGGGUAAAGACUCAGAGAGUGUGGGGCAACCGGAGAAUGCGGUUAGUGAGAUCGGCAGCGUCAGAUACAUAUUGGGCCAACCCGGACACCGUACUUACAGAGCCAACAUGGAAUGGGCCCUUAAGCAAAAGCCUAGAUCCUCAGCAAAAUGUCCUGAAUGCCUCAUUCCUGCUAAAGACCCAUUUUGUAAAGACACCGGCAGAUCUAUACUCAGUAGAUGUCAGUGACAGGAACCUGACUUCUGCGCAGGAGGAGGAGCUGGCGCAGUUUCAGUGCGUGGCGUAUAUAAAUGCAGCAGAGAAUUUUCUGACUCUUGGAACUUUCUGCAGCUUUCCUGCACUCAGGGAACUGGAUCUUUCCAUGAACAACAUCAGAAAUGUGCGUCUGCGCCCGGGCGACCUCCCCAAACUGGAAUUGCUGGACCUGUCCUAUAACAAUCUGUCUCCAGAUGACAUCUCUCAGCUCGGUGUUCUGUCCCACCUACGGGUGCUUCACCUUUCAGGGAACAGCCUCUCCCAUCUUCCACCUGACAUGAGUGCGCCCCAUGGAAAGGAUUUAUCCCUGACCCUGUUCUCGGCCCUGGAAAUCCUGAUGUUGGAUGAUAACAACCUGUCCCACCCAGCAGUGUUCCUGAGCCUGGCCACCCUAACCAGGCUGCGGGUGCUCAACCUCGACAACAACAGUAUUUGUGGGAUCCCGUACCUGUAUCCAGCCGACGGCGGUCAUGUGACAGACCCACCCAAUGAGCAGGAGAAAGGGACGGAGACCCUCGUACCUGAUCAGGAGUCACAGCAAGAACGAUUAGAGGAAGACGAUGGGGUGAAGAUGGCGCCGUUGGAUUACACUGUUGGACCCAGCAAGGACGACCCAGACAGAACAGAGGUGGUAUUUACUAACCCGGCCAACUCGCAGCAGGGCGAUCAUGUGACGAAAUCUUUGGAUACCACGGAAAGUUUCAGGUUCCUCAGCCACACAAGUGAAGAUGGAAUGAGCCAAUCACUGCCGCCGUUGCCGAGCCUGAGAUACCUGAGCCUGGCCAAUAAUAAGAUUCGGCACCAGGAGAAGCUUUUAGCCGCCGCCCUGUUCCCCUCCCUGGAAGAACUGGUGAUCCAUGGGAAUCCCCUCACCUCUCUCAGGAAAGGGGAUCCACCUUUGCUCAGUCAUGUCCUCCAGCAGCGCCUGGGGAUCCACAUUACAAGGAAAAAAUCCCCUGGGAUCAGGAAACCGCCCCUGUUUAUUCCAGUGAAAGAGGGGAGAAAGGUACAGUCGGUUAUCCCCAAGGUGCCCAAACAGCCCCUGAUGGCGGAACCCCUGGGCAUCCCCUCCCUCGGCCCCCCAUUUGAUAGCCGUCACCUGCUGCAUGAUGGGAAUGAAUACUCCCUGUCUCCGAGCCCCCUUCCCCCAAUCCCACCUUCCUCCAAGAGCCAGAGGGAGCCAGGCCGGGCCCUGAGUGCAGAAGACAGUGGGCACAGCCCAGAGGCGGCACUGGGAGUGGAGAUGAGCCCCAGCCCAGACGAUGCCGCCAGCUCCAUAUUUAUGACACAGGUGGAUGAUCUGCCAGAACCCUCAGGGGGCCCCAGCCAGCUGGGGGCGGAGCAACAGAAGGAAGUCCCUGAGAAAUUCAAGGGCUACGAAGAACUGUUCUGUGUCCAGACUGACCCCGAUUUUAUAGACCCAGUGGGCAUACAGAGCAACGUGCAGGCCCUGCAGAACGCGCUCAAGCACCUCCUGGUGUAUGGAGACCCCAAGCCGAGGCUCCCCGGCCUACAGCAGCCAUUUAUACCCACCCAGGGCAAGUUUGGAAAAGCCCCGACCCCGCUGCCCCGGAAGCACAAAAAGGAGAUCUUGGGGCAAAUCCUAGUGGGCAUGAGAGAGCCACGGCAUCUGACACAGGUGCCACUAGAGUCCAUCUUGGGGCAGAAGCAGCCCACCCCGGAGCAGAGAGAAGCGCAGAUGUUGCUGCGGGAGUUGCGCCACAGGUAUAAGGCGCUACAGGCGGAAUCAGUGAAACGAGCCAGAGAGAUGGAGAGCAGCCUGGGGGAUACGGGAGGGCUGGGGCCACAGCCAAUAACGAGGGGGGAUGUUACCGACCAUAGGAUUGACCAAUAAAAUCUAAGUAUGAAUUCACCUAUC